AUGGUUAGAGAGUCGGACUCUCAACCAGAAGGUGUCGAUUCGAUUCUCAGGAGCAGUGGUAGGAGUAUACAAAAAUACAUAAUCCUAAAGUUUAUUAGUCUCAUAAACACAGAUUUUAAUGAAGGCAGAGUAAAUAUAAAAUCUAAUACCUGUUUUUUUUCCAGGGCCAAAGCACAAUAUCAUGAUACUUUCAACAAAGAUGUCAUCCUUCUUCCAACGCCAUCAAUCAGUGUUGUCGUCAAGCAUCGAACAAAGCAACUUUUACAUGAGCAAGGACAUAUACUAAAUGGAUUUGAAUUUCAGAAAUCCUGGGACCAGAGGACUGUCACUGAACAAAUAAGGGAUGCCUUUGGAGAAAAGCUUUCUGCUGAUGUGAGCCUAGAGUUUCUGAUGGCUUGUGGCAACAAAUUGAUUUUGCCCAAACUGCGUGCUGGACAGGAGCUGGACGCAAACCUCAUACAUAAAAUAUACAAAGUGAAAGCCCUGUACAUUAGACCUUCAAAGGCAAUUUUGGAUGAUAUUAAAGGCUCUAGCAGUGAAGAUGACAAUUGUGAUAAAAACACUGCUUCAGCAAGGCAGCUGCGCUCCUCAUCUCUAACGAAAGAUAGACACUCAUUACUUACUCAAACUCCUGCCUUGACUUAUCAAAGAAGUAUCUCACCCAACCACAGCAGCACUUCAGCAAGCGAUUCUUUUAGUCAACUGCCAGUGUGCUCACUGCAAAUCUGCCCUUCCACCAGUCAGCCUUCUACCUCACCAUUCGAAGGAACUAUUUCAGUUGACCCAUCUCUUGGACUUACUGGCCAAAACUGUUCAAGCUCACAUAACCAGAUCAGCACUCAAGAAAUUCAGUGUUCUGCAUUACCUUCUACAUCAACACACCAUCAAUCAGCAAACUAUGAUAACUAUCUUUCAGUAAUGUCUGCACUGUCUGACUUGUCUUCUGAUGAUGAGGAAUUGAAUCAGGCUAUACUAGCAAGCCUGCAGAGUGAAAGAAGGACCACAGAAUGUUCGGUGUCAGUAAAAGAGAUUUUGCAAGAUCUUGCAACAAAAAUAGACCAUCAGAAGAAAUGCAAGUUUAACACUAACCGAUCCACAGUCCUGGAUGGAGCCUUUAGAGGUUUUAAACGAGGGACAUACGAUCCAUGUCACACUAUUUCUGUCAGGUUUUCUGAUGAUAUGGGUGCACUUGAAGAGGCUGUGGAUUUAGGUGGACCAAGAAGAGAAUUUUUAAGACUUCUAAUGGAAGCUUUGGUACAAUCUCCAAUGUUUGAGGGUGAAGAAGGCAAAAUGAACUUGGCCCUUGACAGUACUGCUGUGAGAGAGGACAGAUACUUCAUUGCAGGCAGGGCAAUAGCAGUUAGCCUUGUACACGGCGGUCCUUCUGCAGGCUUUCUGUCCCCAACUCUCUUCUCCUGUCUUGUUGAUGGCCCAGAAUUGACUAAGCCAGUUCUGGAAGAUAUUGUGGAUAGUGACCUGCACGGAAAAAUUAAAAGGGUCACUGAGUGUAAAUCAUUUGUAGAUCUACUGGCAUCAACAGAUCCACUUGAGGAGUAUUUGGCCACUGCUGGCUGCCUGAGGCCACUGCGGAGGUUGGAAGACAAGAAUUUGCUUGUAGAUGACAUCAUCAUGUUCCAAGUGAUACACAAAGUGCGUGGUCCUUUUGAGAGAUUUCGGGAUGGACUGAAAACACUUGGUUUGCUUGACAAAAUACAAGCUCACCCGGAGAGUUUUCGCACCCUUCUGUGCUGGUCUCCUACCACCCUCACUGCUGAUCUGGUUGACAGCCUCUUUACCAUUCGCCUAUCUCCAGUUGGCAGCAAUAAAAGGCGAAUUGAAGAAAUUGUUGUUCCUUUCUGGAGAGACUACCUCACAGAUUCAGAAGUUGGUGAUGAGGAUCAAACUCAGUUAACGUUACGGGUUUUUGACUAG